AAACUAUUGCAUUUAUGCACAUCAAUCACACUGGGGAGUUAACCAUCGAAUGUUUUGAAAAAGUAAGUUUAACGAAUCGAUUUGAUUGCAGGAACAUUAGGUCACGUGGCUCCAUUCAAUCUCAACAGCAAGCUGAUUGUAGCGAUUCAUCGAAUAAUUCACCGACUCUCGGCGCGUUCAAUGAAAAUCAUGGCUGUUCAUGUAAUUGUAAUGUUACUAGUAAUAUACAAUGAUGGCUGUAAAUGUAAUGUUACUAAGAAUGUACAAUGAUGGUUGUACAUGUAAUGUUACUAUAAUGUACAAAUAUGGCUGUACAUGUAAUGAUACUAAUAAUGUUCGAUGAGGGAUGUACAUGUAAUGUUACGAGUCAUGUACAAUGGGGGCUGUACAUGUAAUGUUACUAGUAAUGUACAAUGACGUAUGGUAGAAACGAUUUCAAUGGACAACUCCGUUAGUUUUAUAUUUUAUUUUUAAAAAGUUGUUGCACCAAACUUGCUUGGUCGCAAGACUGGAAGUUACGGUUAUGAAAAAAAUAAUUAAAACUACCAUCAAGUAAGCCUACUGUUAUCAUCCGAUUCAAUGGGGUCUCACCUUGUGGGUUUCACUAAUAAAAACGGUCCCAUCUUGUGGGUUUCACUAGUAGCAACGGUCUCAUCUUGUGGGUUUCACUAGUAGGAACGGUCUCAUCUUGUGGGUUUCACUAGUAGCAACCGUCUCACCUUGUGGGUUUCACUAGUAGCAACGGUCUCAUCUUGUGGGUUUCACUAGUAGGAACGGUCUCAUCUUGUGGGUUUCACUAGUAGCAACCGUCUCACCUUGUGGGUUUCACUAGUAGGAACGGUCUCAGCUGAUGGGUUUCACUAGAAACAACGGUCUCAUCUUGUGGGUUACACUAGUAGGAACGGUCUCAUCUUGUGGGUUUCACUAGUAGCAACCGUCUCACCUUGUGGGUUUCACUAGUAGGAACGGUCUCAGCUGAUGGGUUUCACUAGAAACAAUGGUCUGAUCUUGUGGGUUUCACUAGUAGGAACGGUCUCAUCUUAUGGGUUUCACUAGUAGGAACGGUCUCAUCUUGUGGGUUUCACUAGUAGGAACGGUCUCAUCUUGUGGGUUUCACUAGUAGGAACGGUCUCAUCUUGUGGGUUUUACUAGUAGGAACGGUCUCAUCUUGUGGGUUUCACUAGUAGGAACGGUCUCAUCUUGUGGGUUUCACUAGUAGGAACGGUCUCAUCUUGUGGGUUUCACUAGUAGGAACGGUCUCAGCUUGUGGGUUUCACUAGUAGGAAUGGUCUCAGCUUGUGGGUUUCACUAGUAGAAACGGUCUCAGCUUGUGGGUUUCACUAGUAGGAACGGUCUCAGCUUGUGGGUUUCACUAGUAGGAACCAUCCAUUUCAGGUUUUCUCAGCCAUCAAUUUCUGGAGGGCGGUGGGAGCGCUAAAAGUAAGUUUUCUUUUAGAAAUUAAUUGUGUAACAGCAAAAUAUAUUUUUAAAAUUAAAUUUAUGUUGCAGUUUAUUCAAUUGUUCAAGUGACAAUUAUUUCUCGGAUGUUAUGCUCGGGGGGGGGGUGGGAGGGGGAGGGGCGGUAUUUUCAUUCCUAUGUCAUUUUAUCCGUUUAAAUUAAAAAAAAAACUAAUUUUAAAACCUAGCGGACAUCCUUAUAAUUUUUCAAAAUUAAGAUAUAAUAAAAUAUUUCUCAAAGUCAAGUGGCGUAGCAAGUAAUAGUGCUUCUUAAGUCUGGUAAGCAUGCUUAAACAUGACUUUAAAACAUUGAGGGAAAGAAAUCUUCUCUUUUAAAUUGAAAAGUACAAUAGAAAAAAGCAGGUCCUUAAAGACAAUUCGUUUUCUAAACUUUGAGCGAUCCUUAUAUUUUCAAGCUCCGAAAUAUGUAGUGCGCAUCGUUUUGGCAAUUGGUCAGAUUCACAAUGAAGUUUUCCUCUCCUUGAAAUCCCCUGGCAACUUCUAGUUCAGUGACCCACAACCUACUUUCGAUCAAAUUCAAUUCUAAGAAGGUCAUCCUAAACGAGCGUCCGAAUCUCUGUGACCAUCAAGCCAGACCAGACAAGCCGAGAUGGCAAAGAUUCCACAUCACAAGUGCUGGCGCGAACAAUCAGCGUGUGUACAUCUAGACACCCAGAGGGCGUAAGUAGCUUAAGGGAGUGAGGGGGGGGGCGUGUGGUGUCGGGGGUGUGAGGGUGGAAAGCAUUGGUAGAAAGGCAGUCGAAUGCUCUCUGUUCACCCCAUGUUAACUGACUCUGUGCUUCUCUGUCUACAUCGAAUGAUGCAAUAUUAGGACAAUACUAGACAAGCUUACGUAAUUUUAAAGUAAUAGAUUGACGUACAAUGCUUAACUAUAUUUAAACUUUGCAUUAAGUGUUAAUAGUUAUUCCUCCAAACGACUCCACCUGACUUUUCAACACAUGGAGCCAGAUAGUCCAAAUGGUUUUGUUUCCAGACGAGCAGAGUAGGCAAAGUAUCUUGAUAAGAACAUUGCUUACCGCAACAGGCGAUAGCUUCUCUGUGGUGUUAGUGAAAGUUAGUAACUUAGUAACUAGUAAGGGAGAGUAUUGAGCAGCCCUGCUACCUUCCCCCCUCCUCCCGAUGCAUCAACUUAGCGCGCACCCUGUACCAUGAUCUUGUAUAGCGGCUAAGGGAUGUUCUUUCGGUACAUACCGCUACCAUCACAUUCGCUACAUACAUGAGCUUGAUCAUUGUGGUACAAGUACCAUUAUAUUAGCUGUCCGGGGUAAUUCAUCAGCGAUCUUUAAGAAAAUGUGUCACAAAUUAUUGAGAUCUGUGAGGGUGACACUGAAUGCAGAUAUGAUUAUUGAAAAUUGUAGGCUGGAGUCAUUAUUUUUUUUAAAACUAUUUGUCGAACUGUUUUCAUAUACUCUUAAAAACUUGAGGAGUCUAGUAUUUUGAUGAUUACGGUUGUUGCAAACAUCUCAUUAAGCUCCCACCUUCCACCCCCGUCUCUCAGGCCCCCGGUGACGUGCAGCACAUACCAGUGUCACUUCUCCCGCCCUUACGACCCCGGCAACACCUGGAAGUGCUACUACACCGAGCAGAAGAAACAAGAGUUUCAGCAGCGGAAGGAGCGUCUCAUCUACCAGGUCUCGCGGUACGCCAAGCCGGACAUCCUGUGCCACCUCAGGGAGCAUCUGGACAAGAAGGAGAGAGCCCUGCCCGGGCUUUGCUGCUGUGGGAACAGGCGCUGCUCGUCCAAGCUGACGAACGAGCUGUGCUGCUCCAAGAGGUGGCGCGACUGCGCCAAGUCUGGGAUGUGCGUCUACACGCGGAA